AUGAACCAGCUUAACCAGGUCAACCUUCUAAACCAGGUGAACGAGGUCAAGGUUCACCAUACGACAUCUACUUCCACCGUCCUUACGACUGCUACCUCCACCAAGACCGUCACCACGACCUCCACCGAAGCCCUGACACCACAAUCGACACCCAUCCUCAACUUUGACGAGGAAUGGCACUACCACGACCUCGACAAGUUCCUCUCCUCUUCCUCCGACGGAACUGCACAUCCAUUCACGAUCCACGACGAAACCGACCCGAGCGACCCACUUCCACCAUCCCGACUCGUUGCGCAUGCGCCUGGCUGGACGCUCAUCCGUAACCUCUACAUGUCCAACGGUACCCUGUACAUCCUCCUUCCCGACGGCGUUAACCCAACUACACCCUCCCUCUCCCCUGACCACCCCGAAUACUAUGGCCACGGCGGUAAAGAUAUUUCCUACGGAUAUACGAGCGCCCCUGGGUGGCCGCAGAUCAGGCGAAUGACGAGCCCGGGCAAGACGGCGUAUGCGACCGCGGAGAGCGAGACUGAGCGCGAACCCUCGGUUUAUGAUAUGCAGUUUGUUGGCAUGAAGGAGGGGAGGACACGAUGGGGCGGGAGGGUGCUCAAGAAAUCGGCGAGUGGAAAGGAGGAAAAGGAAGAGAGGGUAUGGGUCGUCAAAGGAAACACACUCCUAUUCAACGACCCACCUCAAUUCCUUCGACACUACUACCACUUCGUCGCCGAGCUCUUCCUGGGUGUGCAAGCCUUCUGGAGCUCCGCCUUCUCCAAACCCGACAACACCAACCUCGCGAACCAUUUUAGCACAGUCUGGGAGUCGUCCCAGGCUGCGUUCCUGUCCUCCUCGCCGUCCACGCCCAAUUCACCGAUAUCCCCGACCUCGAAUGCAACCACUGUGCCGCCCAUCCACCGAGCGAUCUUCAUCCAUUCCAAUUGGGAUGGGUGGCGUGAUGACCCCGGUUUCAACGCGUAUUUCCUCCGUGGCGUCUUCGCCUCUCUGACAGUCGAGCACCAAGAGGACUGGCAGGACCGUGUACGCGCCAGCGCCCUCGGCGUGUCCGACGGAUCUACAGGCGAGCGCGUCUGGCGAUUCCCUCUCGUCCUAUUGACCGACCGCAGUGCUGCCCAUCGAGGCGUCGUAUGCGGCAGCCGAACCCAACGAACCGCUGCAGAGGCUUGGGACUACAUGCGUCGUAUGGGCCGGCUAAGGGGUCUCGCCGUAGGAGGUUGGUGGGCGCCUAUCCGCGAAGCCAUGUGGCGCUUCGCCGGUGUCGAUGGGUGGAAAGAAGACGGAGGCGUUAUCGACGGCGCACAGGUGAUCGAACGGAUGGACGAGAAGGCUAAAGAUGACAUGCGCGUGAUCGUCGAUCGCACAUUGGACGAGAUCGAGGAGUACGAGAAGAACUCUUCUCUUUUGGAGGGGGAGAGCGAGAGCUGGGAGGAGAGGAGCCGGCUGUUGGAUGUCCGAGACGAGUGGCAGAGCGUGCUGCCGAUGCCUGAGGAGGUGGUUAUCACCUAUAUCUCGAGGCAGAGUGCCAGGCAUAGGAAACUGUUGAAGGAGGACCAUGAAGGACUGGUGAAGGCACUCAAAGCACUCGUUAAGCGCAAGAACGAAGAACGCGGAAGCGACACUCGGUCCUCCAAGCUCCCACCGAAAUGGACACUCGACAUCCUCGAAGCCGAACAUCUCACGAAGGACGCACAGGUACACGCCGCGGCGCGCACGACGUUUAUGCUCGGCGUACACGGUAACGGCCUGACUCACCUCGUCUGGAUGAAGCCCACCGCCAUCUCAACCGUCAUUGAAUUGUUCUGCCCUGGCGGGUUCUCGCAUGAUUAUCAGUGGACGUCGAGAAGUUUGGGGAUCAACCAUUGGGCAGUGUGGCAUGACGAGAUUAAAGGUGGAAAGUUGAGUGGGGAGGGGAAGCCGGAUGUUAACUAUCCAGAGUGCUUCCAAGGAGAUGAGAUUCCGGUUGAUGGAGAGUUUGUGGCCAGGAUGAUUGAGGAGAGGGUGGAGGAAGGGGUGAGGCGGGAACGAGAGAGAGAAAGGAGGUAG